AUGGGUGACAAAGUUGAUAAGAAGACAGCCCUUCGCAUUGCAGCCUGCAAAGGCCACGUAGAUGUAAUGAAAGAGCUUAUUUCUCGUUGCCCUGAUUGUUGUGAACUGGUAGAUCAAAGACGUCGGAAUGCUCGUCAUUAUGCCUCGGAGAACCAUCGAUCUCGAAUUACAAAUUUUGUUCUAAAGGAUCCAGCGCUUAGCAACGUCCUCUUAAAUGCCAAGGAUGUUGACGGCAACACACCCCUUCAUUUGCUCGUUCUUCGUCCCGGCCACCAAACUGAUUUUUACAAUGAUAGGAGGGUUGAUAAGAUGACAUUCAAUAAGGAAAACAUGAACGCUCUUGACCUCAUUAGAGUUGAUGAUUCAGAAAUGAGAGCUGUGUUGGAGCAGCAAGUUGCUAGAGUGUUGAAGAUGGCAGGUGACAAGGAAGCUGAAGGUGAAAGUAGCUCUAUGCUGCAGAGGCUGCCACAAUCUGUCAACAUGAAGGUGGAGUUAAAGCCCUUCACAGGGAAAGAGAACUUCAUGCUUUGGAAAAGGAGGAUGAAGUCAGCCCUUACACAACAAAAUCUCAGCAUUGUCUUGGGAGGCAAGGAAAAGAAGCCAGCAGCCAUGACAGAUGCGGAGUGGGGUGUGCUAGAUGAGUUGGCUAGAGGAGCCAUUUAA